AUGACCCCAUUCCGCAAUUGGCGCUCUCCGGUUUGCCUAUGGUGCUUAGGGGCUGACUUCUGCUCAAUGCAGGCAUCAUUUCACGCAGCUCUUCGUGACAGUUACGUUUUGGAGGACAACCGGCAGCUCUUUUUUGCGAAAGUACUUCGCUCAGCCACUGAAGAUGAAGUAAGGCGGCUUUUCGGACAAUUUGGCAAAGUGACGGAUGUCAACCUAUUUCGUGCAUUUCAAGGCGCCCCUACAACCAAGGGCUGCGGUCUCGUGACCAUGGGCAGUCACGAUGAGGCGGUGUCGGCCAUUGCGGCAUUGGACAGCCAGUACGUGUGGGAGGGCAUGGAGACACCUAUGGUGGUCAAGUGGAUGGACACGGCGCUGCAGCGGAGGCGCAGGGAGCAGCACCUUGCCAACAUGCGGCAGGCCAUGGCGCCGGGGGGAGCGGGCCUGGGAUGCGUUCCCGGCGGUCUGUCUCUGGCGACUUCAAUUCCAUCGGCGGGCAGCCUGGGGGGUCUGGCUGGCUUGCAGAACACGUUCCUGGACGCCCUGGAGCCCACUGAGAUGCCCCCCCCCGGCUGCUCACCCGACGCCAUCAAGCUCUUUGUGGGGAACGUGCCCAAGUGCUGCACGGAGGAGCAGCUGCUGCCGUUGUUUCAGUCCAUUGGCAAGGUUGUGGAGCUGGUUAUUGUGCACGACAAGGUGACGCGCGAGUCGAAGGGCUCGGCCUUUGUGUGGUACGCCACGCGUCCGGACGCCGAACGCGCCAUCCUGCAGUUCAAUUUCCGUCACGUGCUGCCGGACCCCUCGGGCGACCAGGACCGGCCGCUGGUGGUUCGGCGGGCCAAGACACGUGCCAAGCCGCUCAAACAUGCGGUGCCUCUACUGCAGCCCUUUUACAAGCUCACAACUCAACCCGCUGCUGGCUCACACUCCCACCACGAGCACCACACGCACCACCACCUGGUGGGAUUGUCCGGUCUGGAGGCGCUGCAGCUUACAACCGACGCGAACAGCCUGGCGGCUCAGUUGGCGGCGGCUACUGCCGCAGGCAGCCCGCAGGAUCAGCAGGCGAGUGCAUGUGGUGGCUUGGCGGGAGGACUGGGUGGCAUCGGCGUCGGCAUGGGCAAUAUGCCGACUUACCGGCCGCUGGCAAGUUUGGCGGGCCAGUUUGGACUCCAGACGACGUCGUCCACGAUGUACGACGCUUUCGGGGCAGGUGACACGAUAUUGGGCGACUUCUCCAUGACUCAGACGCUUCAGCAGAACGCCGCCGCCGCGGCGGCUGCCGUACAGCAGCUGGACGUGCUAGGCGCCGCACAGCAGGCGGCGGCAGCGGUGGCGGCGACGCAGCAGCACCAUCAUCAUCAUCACCAGCAGCAACAACACCAGCAGCAGCAACAACAGCAACAUCAUCAACAUCAACACAUCGCACAGUCUAUGACGCUCAACCAAACUCAGCUGACUCUGCUCAAUGCGCACCUCUUCAGUGUCCAGACGGUUAGCGGGGCCCAGCUGCACAUCUCCCCCGGGGCACCAGGGCUGUUCAACUUGGUCGUCACAGGUUCUGAGGUGCAAGUGGAAGCUGCGAAAGGCCUUAUAACAACCGUCCUAAGCCACACUUAA